CUGCUCUAUUAUCCACCUCCCUCAUUCCCAAUCUCUUCCCUAGCCAGGACAGCAAACACAACAGCCAUGCUACCCCUCCCAUCAAUCAUAGUCGCCAUCCAAGGCCUCCUCGGCAUUCUCAACGGUGCCAGAUAUCUGCUCAUUCCGUCCAUAGCAGAGAAAGAUAUGGCCACCCUACACAUGACUUCACUACCUGCAUUGCAUGCUAUAGCUCUUGGCUCUCUAACAAUCGGGUGGGUUACUGAGCCCUCUUCUCAUUGCUCAUCCUCACCACAUGUUUCCCGAACUGAAUCCUUCACUAGGACCUUCUACCUCAAUGCAGCUUUUCGUGGAGACAAAAUCGCGAUAUGUUGGAUGAUACUUGGACGCGUUAUUGCGAUACCUAUCUUCCUGGGACAUGGAGGGCCGUGGCUGCAAGUUGCGGAGUUUGAGGCUGUUUGUGUGUUUUCGACAUUGGCUGCUCUAGGUUGGGAAAAUUUCAGCGGCAGUCGGGCUGCACGACAAGCUUAAAAGAAGAAAUCUUGAGGGAUUUAGUGGAAUGGAGUUAAUUGGGUUGUGAGCUGCGGGUUGUAACAUACGAUCCGUCUCCUGGUCAAGUCAUUAUAAAUUC